CAUCUCAUUCUCAUGGGCCCCAUGCGCCAUCAUAACUACCACGUUACCUAUCUAGAAGGUGACUUGAACGAUUCCAUCCCCCCUCCUCCCAAAUCCCAUCUACACUUCUCACAGGCCUCUACUAUUUGCCCCCAGUUUUAUAUGUUACGGGGUUGGAAUCAUAGCAGUUAAAAGACUACCCGAGACAUUAUCCUUCACUGAACAUACUUUCUGGGGAAUGGGUAUCAGAAACAUACAAGACGGGAGUUGGUUUCAAAGCACAGCCAUUUUUAACUACCGAAUUCCCAUUUUGCCAGGAACUAACAAGUACUCGGGUAGAGUAAAUCUAUUUCUAUCGUCCAGGGAAUGAUCAUGCCCCCAACAUUAGCACGCGCAGAUUCGCGCCGCAAGCAACACCCAGCGUCACUUGCUAAGACCAGCAAUCGACAUAGCGUGAUGAGUGUACGAUCUUUUGCGGCUUUCGAAAAAGACGACGAUGAAGGCAAGGACGCAGCGAAUAUCCACGAGAUUCUAGGGAGACGGCCAAGCGUGGGGGCAUCAGUUGCUGAAACAGUUGCAUCUCCUGCGACCUUUCGGAAGAUAUGGGCAGAAACAGCAAGUUUAGCACUCUCGAACAACCCAGGUUCCCAGUCGAAUCGCCCGAAUAGUAUUCGGAGCAAUCCCGAGCGAAGUCAGUCUGAAAUUCUCACCACGGCCCCAUUGAACGAUCCUCAAUGCGCUGAAACUCGCUCACCGUCCAGCGCUGAUAGGAGUUUGUUGUCUAUUUCGACAAGUUCAAGGGGAACCUCUUCAACUUCUUCGCCUGCACUGAGAAAUAGUAGUGCCUCCCACGGCCUGCAGAGCAAAGGGUCGUCAGACCGGGACGAACUGAAACCUUUACUUGGGGAAGAUAUCGACCCGUCUUCAUUUAGUUUGGUCUCGCCAUGCAGCGGCGGAGUCUCCCGAUACUCGUUGGAGACAAGAUCAAAAGCACUCUUCUCGAAAACCCAUCUACAGGCCAUAUUUGACGAUCCACUUCUUCUCCAGAGGUUCAAAGACUUCCUGUACGCUUUUAGGCCGAAGUCUGUCCCCCUCCUAAUAUAUUAUCUAGAUGCAUCGAAGGCAUUGAAAGCAAUUAACUACGCAAACGCUAUUUCUCGGUCUUUGACUUCGAUCCAGGGGCUAGAGUUCACUCAGGAGGCCGUUCCUAGUGUCACCAAUGAAUCACUCCUAGGAAAAGCUAACAGCGCAUUUGAAACUUUGGUUAAUGAUCACCUCCCUGCUUACAUCACCCACACGUGGAUUCAGAUGGUAGGUAUGGUCGUGAAGAGACGAGUCACGAAUACGUUGCCCGAGCAUCUCCGAGACCUCUCCGAUGGAUUGGCAGAGGUGUUUUGCUUGACAGAUCCAUCGAGGCCUGACAAUCCCAUUCUAUUUGCUAGUAAAGGAUUCCAUACGAUGACACAGUACGGGGUAGAUUACGCCUUGGGGCGAAAUUGCCGUUUCCUCCAGGGACCGUACACGAACCGGUCCAGCGUCAAAAGAAUAAAAGAGCAGCUGGAAGCAGGGAAAGAACACUGUGAAACCAUUUUGAACUACCGACGUGAUGGGUCUCCUUUCAUGAACCUCAUUAUGGUUGCGCCUCUAAUCGAUAAUCGUGGUGUCGUUCGAUACCACAUGGGCUGUCAAGUAGAUGUUUCGGGAUUGGCGAAGGAGUGCACAUGUCUCGAAUCCCUCAGGCAGCUUGUUCACUACAGACGUGACACGCCGGAUCAAGAGGACGGGGGAAAGGCGCAACCCCAACAACGUAGCAAAGACAAGAUCCGCCAACUCGCGGAAAUGUUCAACGUCCAUGAAAUGAGAACGGCCCGAGAAGCAAGUGGUGCUACGCAAAGCUCCGACGAGGACAUCGACGGUGAUUCAAGUCACCGUGACGCUGAUCUCGUGUUUAACAUCUCAUCCUCGUCUGGUAGCCAGCUACGUAGUAUUUACGAGAACUACCUCGUCGUACGCCCCUACCCGACUCUGCGAGUCCUUUUCGCCUCGCCGCCGCUGCGCUUCCCCGGCAUGUUACAAUGUAGCUUUAUGUCACGCAUCGGGGGAUCACAGUCUGUCCGCGAAGAAAUCACCCAAGCGUUUAUCGAUGGACGUGAUAUUGCUACCAAGAUUCGUUGGGUGACUAAAACGGAUAGUUACGGCAAAGGAAGAUGGAUCCAUUGCACGCCUCUGUUCGGGAUUAAUGGAGCUGUUGGAGCUUGGAUAGUAAUUCUCGUCGACGAUGACGAAGUGGCUAUGACGAAGCAAGAUCGACGCGCGCCCCCGGUGGAUUUACGUACAACCAGACGGAGAUCCUUCGAGGAUGAUACCGAGUGCCCUCCUACUAACUCUGUGAAUGAGAAGGAACAAAUUGACGAGAGUUGCCCACCGUCGGCGACGAGUGUCCCUUCGAAGAGUUAGGAAUGCUUGCGCAUACACGCGGGGUCUGGUGGUGUGGCCUAAAGAGGUGAUGGAUGUAUCAUGCAUGUUAUAACUACGCUAAUUGUUCAGAGAGCGCGAAGAGUUGACCCCUAUUUUGGAUACACAUCUCGCGUUCGGCCUUCGGACCCCCUUUUCUGCUGCUAGACUUCCUCAUUGGCUAUCGGACCAAACCCCGUUUAGCUAUAAUGGUCCUAUGUACACGUUAUUUAUCAAGCUGCCCGUACGCAUCAUUCUUAUGUAUUUGAUGGGCGUGGCCUCUCGAUGGGUGCCCAUUGCGUAAUGUAUAGUGUAUAAUUACCUCUGCAUUAUUAGUUUGUGGUCAUCAC